AUGCAUCUAUUCAUGUGGUUGAUCAUCAGCCUCUGGGGUGCAGUAGCUCCUCAGUACCACCCUGUGGAAGAUAUCUGCACUGCAAAGCCAAGGGAUAUCCCAGUGAAUCCCAUGUGCAUUUACCGUAACCCUGAGAAGAAGGAGAGUGAGGGGCUAGGGUUGGAGCAAGUGAAGGAGAAGAUUCCAGAAUCUACUAAUCCCCGUGUCUGGGAGUUAUCAAAGGCCAACACCCACUUCGCCACGGAAUUCUACAAAUACCUGGCAGACUCCAAGAAUGACAAUGAAAACAUCUUCAUGUCACCCCUCAGCAUCUCCACGGCCUUUGCAAUGACCAAACUCGGUGCUUGCGGUAACACCCUCCAGCAGCUCAUGGAGGUUUUCCGGUUUGACACCAUUUCAGAGAAGACAUCUGAUCAGAUCCACUUCUUCUUCGCCAAGCUGAAUUGCCGACUUUAUAAGAAGGCCAACAAAUCCUCAGAGCUGGUGUCGGCCAAUCGUCUCUUUGGGGAGAAAUCUCUGACCUUCAACGAGACCUACCAGAACAUCAGUGAGGUGGUUUACGGAGCCAAACUCUGGCCCUUGAACUUCAAAGAAAACCCGGAGCAGUCCAGGACUCUAAUUAACGAGUGGAUCGCUAAUAAAACUGAAAAGCGCAUUACUGACGUGAUCCCUGAGGGAGGCAUUGAUGACCUCACUGUCCUGGUGCUGGUCAACACCAUUUACUUUAAGGGGCACUGGAAAUCAGAGUUCCCUGCUCAGAACACAAAAAGGGAUAAGUUCUAUAGAAGCGACGGCCAAAUCUGUGCCACCCCCAUGAUGUAUCAGGAGAACAAGUUCCGUCACGUCUCCGUCCCCAGCGACCACGUGCAGGUGGUGGAGCUACCGUACAAAGGGGAUGACAUCACCAUGGUUCUCAUCCUGCCCACCAAGGGCACAUCUCUUGGAGAAGUAGAGCGGGACCUGACCCCAGAGCGGCUGCAGAGCUGGCUGGGCUCUAUGAAGGAGAUCUCGCUCUCUGUCUACCUCCCCCGCUUCCGCAUCGAAGACCACUUCAGUCUGAAGGAGAAGCUGCGGCACAUGGGGCUGGUGGAUCUCUUCAGCCCUGAACAUGCCAAGCUGCCAGGUAUAGUUGCAGAGGGCCGUACAGACCUGUAUGUGUCUGAUGCUUUCCACAAAGCCUUCCUUGAGGUGAAUGAGGAAGGCAGUGAGGCAGCAGCUUCUACCGUAGUUAUGAUCUCGGGGCGUUCGUUUCCCAUGAACAAAAUGAUCUUCAAUGCGAACAGGCCCUUCCUGCUGCUCAUCCGGGAAGUUGCCAUCAACACCAUCAUCUUCAUGGGCCGAAUAUCCAAUCCCUGCCCUUAA